GGUAGCUGCGCCCCGACUGACUGCGGAACACCGAAACGCUCUUAUGGACUUUUAAACGAGGACUUUUGAGAAGUUUCAUCCGCGCGUUUUUAUUGACGCUUUUCAUCAUUUAUUUACAUGAUUGUGUCGUGGCAUACCGGAUCCGUUGUAACGAGCGCUAUGGGAAUAUACGGUGUACAUUGAAAGGGUUGGUUCGGUUAGAACAUACCUGUGUUGACAUCGAUCUUCACUCCGCAUGCUGUUUGUUCCACCGGGUAGUUUAAACUGCAUAUCGAGCGGGCUCUGUUUCCACCUCUGUUCAUUGGGGCUACAGCCAUACUGGAAACGAGGUCCGAGAUACCCACCCCAGGUGAGUGAUCUGUUGGGAUGCACUGAGAGCAGCGAGGUCACCUGGGACACACCUGACAUGGAGGUCAAGGGUCAUCUCAUCUCAGUACCUGACCUGCUGGGUGGCAGUCCGGAGGCUGUUGAAAGGAUGACAGAACUACAGGAGAGAAGACGCAGUCUCGAGACUCUACUGAAUAGCAGACUGGCUGAGCUACGGAGAGUCUGUCUGCAGGAGGCGGAGUUGACAGGAGAGCUUCCUGGUGAUUUCCCCCUGGAGGCUGGGGAGAGACGCCCCAACGUACGCCGUCGGGCCGGAUCCUACCGCCACGGACCCAAGACUAUUAUAAAGACAGAGGAGGAGGUGUGUCAGAGGAAGCCGAAGAAGGCGCUGUUCAGCGGUGCCCUGAGACGCCGUGUAGACUCCGAUCAGCACCCGGCGCACAGCAAGAGGACUGUGCACAGAGGAUGUCACACGGAUGACACAGUGAACUCUGAGAGCAGCUCCACGUCUGAUUCUAUAGGGGACCAUGACAUCGAUGAGUCUUCGGGUGUGGCCCCUGACUGCCUGUCCCCGUCUCGGCCCCGGCUGGCCCCUGGUAAUGGGAGCAGCAGUAGUCCAGACAGCAGGCUGUGUAGGAAGCUUUCUCCUGUUGAGAUCUAUUAUGCGAUGAGGACCACCACGCAACCCAACUCACUGGCCCUCUCCGCCAGAAGCAAUAUGGAGGGGAGGAGUGUACCUACCACACCCCUCCUCGCUCGGAACGGACCAACGGGUGUCCACAACCACAUCAGGUCAGCUAUAUCCACAGUGACUACUAACAAACAGUGGUCAGACAAUCCAGAGGUGACCCAGGUGGUUCCUCAUCAGUCUCAGGUCAGCGGCCACUCCCCUGGCCCCUCCUCUGGCCCCCCGUCAGGGUCCUAUGAGCAAGGAGGAGGGGGGGGAGGCGGAGUUUACAGUGAUAUCCUGAUGGACUAUGUAUGGGGGAAGCAGCAGCAGCAGCAGAGACAGGCCCAACAGGUCCAUGGCAAUGGACAGUUCCCUUCCUCCGUUCCUGUACCUCCUCCUUCUCACUUCAACGGCUACCCCCACCCCCAGGGACAUCUCCCAGGGCCCCAGCACGUCUCUGGGGGCCCGCCAGCCUACUCCAGCCCCCUGAUGCUCCGGGGGAAACUUGGGGAGCCACGCCGGGUCAAGGUAACCCGUACCAAGUCCUGUGGUCCAUUCAUCCCUCUCCAGCACCACCAGAAUGAGGUACUCCACUUCUCCUCUUACACCUCCUCCUCUUCUGACCCUCCUCUUCCUCCCACCUCCUCCUCCUCCUCGACCGGGACCUCCACAGCUGCCCUGUACCCCCACCAGGGGUCUGGGGUUGAGUCCCAAAAGCACCAGCAUGGGUCUGGAUCGGGACCCGGUCUCAAUCUCAACCACAACCACCAGCUCGGACCACCCCAGUACUCUGACUCCGUCACCCCGGACGACCCCAUCCGCAGCCUGCACAAGGCCCUGGCUCUGGAGGGCCUGAGGGACUGGUACCUGAGGAACAGCCUGGGUGGAGUGGCGGUGGGGGGGAAGGUACCGGGGCAGGACAACAGGGGGUCCCCCAGGAGGCGUACCACAAACUCCCUGCACGGGUCACACCCUCAGCAUCUCCCACACCAGCCCCAGAUCUACCAGGGAGACCGAGACCGAGACUACCCUCCCUGCCACCUGCCACAGUCACAGACCUUCCACGGGCAUCCACUACAUGGCAGGUCUCUGUAUCAGGGGUCCUUCCCAUCCCAGAUGCAGGAGCUGACCCUGAAAGAACCCAGCACUGACAGAGGUGAUCUGCCUACCCCGGGUACACUGGUCUAACAACAACAACAACGACGACAACA